CAUAUAAGAAAAAAUCUAAUUUUUAUUAUAUGGUAAUGUGAUUGUUUUUUUAAUAAUAAAAUUAAACAAAAAAAUGAAGAAGGAUGCAAAAAUUGUUAUCAAAUCUUUAUUAUUCAUAAUCAUUAAUUGAUAUAUAUGUUAAUUAUAUUAGGUAAUUCCAUAGCUUUUAUUUAAGGAAAAAUAUACGUCUUAUAUUUUGAGUUAAUAUAAUGUUCCUUAGUAAUUAGAUUUGGACCAACAUUUUUUUCAAUCGAUUCUUAAGCUGACAUGUAAGCUAAAUUGAUAUACUAAUUAAGUGACACUUAAACAUGAUCUCUUUUUAAUUAGUACAAACUUAAAGUUACAAUUUUUUAAACGAUCGUCAAUUAAUAUAUAGGGGAUCAGUCCGCAUAUUAUUUGCUAGUGUCAAAGGACAGAUUGAUCCCAACCUUUGUUUGCUUUGAAUGACAUGAUUGGAUUGCAAUCAGUCUAGUAAUCACUUUUAAUGGUUUUAGGUUUAUUGAAAUUACUUAUGUAUGCUGUAUGCUGUAUGCUUAAUGCAUGUUUGGAUAAACAACUCCCAACUUUAACAACAUAAUCAUCACUAAAUGUGCUCACGUGACAUUGAGUCAUUGACCAUCGUACCAUAAUUAUUAUCGUCCAGAGUUUUAUAUUUACAUUUUGUUACUUUCUUGUUUUGGUCCAGUUUCUUAUCUCUUCUCUUAGAAAAUUCUUGUCUUCCAUAAUUUUGAGAAUUACUUUUACUGUUAUUAGCUUUAAGCCAUUCAUCUAUUAAUUACUGAAUAAAACUAGUACUCGGCUGUGAUUCAAACAUUUUGAGAACAUCAUAUUCACUCUGUUAAUAUAUUCUUGCUGUUUUUUGACUUUUUUUCUUAACAUUUAUACCUAAUUUUUUUUUACCUAACUUUGUAUCUACCAUUUGACUUUUUUUUUAAAAACAAAACAAAAAAGAACUCACACAAAAAUGACAGUAGCUCUGCAGUGGGGAUAAUCCGGUCACUAAACUGUGUGUUUAGAACAUUGGUUAAUUAAACAGAAAUGAAAAGAAUCUUUUGAUGUCAAAAAAAAAAAAACAGAAAUGGAAAGAGAUUCCAUAAAACUGAGGGGAUCAAUAUUAUUAAAACAGGAUCACUCCAAUCCUUUACCCUUUAUUUAUCGUGCCAUAUUACUUAUUUUGCCACUGGUUUUUCAAAGAAAGUUAUACCCCUCAUUAAGGGUAUAGUGGUCAUUUGAUUGAUGGACAUGCAUAUUAAUAGAACGCCAAAUUAUAUUUAGUGACAGUUACGUAACCGUUGAAUGUUAAAGUGGGUUUGAUUACAUUCCUUACUUCAGAAUUUCAGAUAGUCAUGUCGAUAGUAUUUCUAUGGAAUUCAUUAACUAUCAUAUCUUAAUUAUUAAAACAUUUUAUUAUCAUUUAAGAGAAAUAUUAUACAAAAAAACAUAAAUAUGAUUAAAACACACAAAUAUAUAAAUUAAAACUUUAAACAAUGUAAAAUAAAAAAUAUACCCGUCCUUGGACGGGUCAAAAUCUAGUAGCUUCUUAUAGUGUUUAGUCAAAAAGGCUAUUAACAUAAAAGUUACUAGUAUCAUUUUCUCACUUCAAACUUUUGCACAAAAGAAUCGACUUGCGUUUCUAACUUCAGAUUCCGAAGAAAACACACAAAAAAGGUUACCAAUGUUCAAAGGUCCGACCUCUUUGGUCUCCGUUUUUAAACGAAUAGUGCCAUUUUUUUAGUGUUUCUCUAUCUAUAGUAGUAUUUUAUUGUUCUCUUCCCGCAAACGGACAAACCGCUUUAUUGUCAAUGUGCUCUGCUUCCUUUCAAAACUGCCUCUGUGUUCGUGUCUGUAAACAGAUCUCAAAACCCCCUCUACUUUUUCUCUCUCAAGAUUCCCACUCUUUCUCCCUCUAAAACUUUCAAAACACACACACAAAAUCCAUCAAAAGCUCUCAGGUUCGUUCUUCAUGUGAAAGUUUGGUUAAAAGAAGAGAGACAUCUUUUCAAAACGGCGUCGUUCCUGUUUACUCCCUUUUCGGUGUUUAAUACUCUUGUGGUGGAUUCCCACUUGCCAUCUAUCUCUAUCUUCACUCUUUGUUCAUGUUUUGUCUUUGGUCUCAAUAGAAAAGUUUGAAUGUUUUAGUACCAAACAAACCAAAUAUUUUACAUCUUUGCGAUUUACUCUUCACUUGUUUGUUUUGGUAAGUUCAGUCAAUCUUGGGGAUAUUAUUACCAAAGUUGGUUAUUCAAAUUUGGAAAGUUGAAAGAUUUUCACACAAGAAAAUGAGAUACAGCUCGAUUUGGUUCUUGGACAGCUACUACUUAUACAAGCUUCUUCUCUUGAAGAAAACAGAGCAUUUCUUCUUCUUCUGAUCAAUGACUACUACUAGGGUGGCUUCUUCCCGUGUUCAGAAAGAUUCAAAUGGAGACAUCGGUGAGCAUCUUCGUAACCAUAUUCACUUAACCAACUCUAUCCACUUGAAGAACCAUAUGCACAACAACAACAAACAUGGUCCGGUUUCAACAGACCGGUCUCUUCUCAUGAGAGAUCUCGUCCUUCUUCAGAGAUCAAGAUCUCUCAGAGACCCAUCAGCGAACCGGAACUCUCCUUCCAUCGGUGUGGUUCAUAAGGAGGGAACAAGAAGAAGAAGAAGAAGAUCCGUUGAUCAGAAUGUGGCAAAGAAAUCUGGUCUUAGGUUGUCUAGUUCGUCUCCAGUUCUGAACUUUGGUACAUCUAAAGUGACCCCUUCUGAUGAAAGGUGCGAUGAGAGUUAUGCGAAUGAGGUUUAUAGUGUUGCUUCGGUUAAAUCGAAAGAUAUGGCUAAUGAGGCUAAUAUCAAGACUCUGUCUGAUCAGUUAAACGAGGUUUUAGGUGAUGAUAGUGAUGAUGUGGUUUCUAGUAACGUUCCAGCGCGAGGUAACGGGCCUAGAAGACGGAAGUUUAGAGGAGCGAGGAGAGCUGGAAGGACCGUUAUUGUUAGAGACAAUGUUGUUGGUAACAAGAGUGAGAUGUCUCUUGCUGAGAAGUAUGAGGAAGAAGAAGGAACACAGAGAGAACAGGACAUGACUAGAGCUGUUCCAAGAAACGGUUGUGGACUUCCGUUUAACUGGUCAAGAAUCCAUCAUAGAGGCAGAACCUUCCUCGAUAUAGCUGGUCGGAGUUUAUCUUGUGGUAUGUCUGAUUCAAAAGGAAGAAAAAGGUUAACCGAUAUGUCAAUCUCGUCUGCUUCAAGCUCCUCUUUCGCCAAACCUGACCGCAAGGCGUUACCUCUUUUAGUCGACAGCGGAGACAAUGAAGGCUGGCAGCAUGAUUACUCCGGCGAGUUGGGUGUUUUCGCUGACGAUUUGCUCAAGAAUGGUGAGAAAAGCAGCAGUAGAAAUGCUCGGCGGCAUCAUCAAAACUUUACGCAGAAGUACGCUCCAAGAACGUUCCAAGAUGUUGUUGGACAGAGCCUGGUUGUUCAGGCUCUGUCCAACGCGGUUGCUAAACAAAGAGUGGGACUUCUUUAUGUCUUCCACGGUUCGAAUGGAACCGGUAAAACUUCGUGUGCUCGCGUUUUCGCUAGAGCUUUGAACUGUCAUUCUCCAGAACAUUCCAAGCCUUGCGGUGUUUGCAGCUCAUGUGUUUCUUAUGAUAACGGUAAUAACCGGAACAUUCGGGAGAUGGGUCCAGUAAAUAGCUUCGACUUCGAAAAUCUGAACAUCUCUCAGAAGGAUAGGAGGCAUCAUCAUCACAAAGUGUUCAUAUUCGAAGAUUGCGAUGCUAUGUCAACAGCUUGUUGGAAUGCGCUUUCGAAAGUCGUGGACCGAGCACCUAGUCGUGUUGUUUUCAUUCUUGUCUGCUUGAAUCUUGACGCUUUGCCUCACAUUGUUGUUUCGAGGUGCCAGAGAUUCUUCUUCCCUAAGCUUAAAGACGCGGAUAUCAUCGGUUCUUUGCAACGGAUUGCAUCAAAGGAAGAGAUUGAUAUCGAUAAAGACGCGUUGAAGCUAGUUGCUUCGAGAUCAGAUGGUUCCUUGAGAGACGCUGAGAUGACACUAGAACAGCUGAGUUUGCUCGGAACAAGAAUCUCUGUUCCUUUAGUUCAAGAACUGGUUGGGUUAAUCUCUGAUGAGAAGUUAGUUGAUCUUCUUGAUCUAGCUUUAUCCGCGGAUACUGUGAACACCGUGAAGAAUCUGAGAAUGAUAAUGGAAACUGGUGUAGAACCGUUAGCUUUAAUGUCGCAGCUCGCAACCGUCAUAACCGAUAUCCUCGCCGGAAGCUAUGACUUUGCUAAAGAUCAACAUAAAAGAAAGUUUUUCCGGCGACACCCAUUGUGCAAAGAAGAUAUGGAGAAGCUGAGACAAGCUUUGAAAACGCUGUCCGAAUCAGAGAAACAGUUGAGAGUAUCAAACGAUAAAAUAACUUGGCUCACUGCUGCGUUGCUUCAGCUAGCUCCUGAUCAACGAUACUUGCUUCCUCCUGGCUCUUCUGCUGAUGCUAGCUUUAACCCUAGUCCUAGUCCUUGUAAGGACGCUGCCGGGGAAGUUAGAGGUCGUAGUGGAGGAGAAGGUUUCAGUAGCGUAGUAAACCGACCUUCGGUUGAAGAGAUUUGGUUGGCGGUUGUAGAGAAUGUUCGAGUUAACGGUUUAAGAGAGUUUCUUUAUAGAGAAGGGAAGAUCUUUUCGAUUAGUAUCGGUUCAGCUCCUACGGUUCAGUUAAUGUUCAAUUCGCCAGUAACGAGAAUAACGGCUGAGAAUUUUAGAGAUCAUAUUUUGGGAGCGUUUGAGGCGGUUCUUGGAGCUCCGGUCACGUUAGAGAUCAGAAUUGAGUCAAAGAAAGACCAGAAAAACUUGGGUGGAAGAAGUGAAAUCAUCGAACUUGAGGAUGAAUCUGAAUCUGAAGUGACUCGGGAGGUGAACGAAAACAAGAACCAGAGCAUAGUGAGAGGAAAAGUCUCGUUGGCUCAAGUGAUUAAGCAAGGUGAAGGAAGCAGUUGGUCGAAACGCAAAGCUCUGUUGAUUGCAGAGAAGCUUGAACAUGAGAAUCUGAGGCUUGAAUCUAGGUCAAGAAGCUUGAUAUGUUGGAAAGCGUUGAGAAGCGUACGUCGCAAGCUAUGGCGAUUGAAGAUGAGAACCAGAAGGGUGCGUUUGCAUUCGUUGUGGAAGCUUGUCUCGAGUGGGAAAUGCUUACCAUUGAGAUCUUCUAGAUUAUAGAUAGGCUGUUUUCAGUUACUAAAAGUAUUGAGAAAAUAGUUAGUCCUUUGUUUUCUUUCUCUUCUUUUUAAUAUUUGCAGAAUUUUCAAAAGUAUUAUUUGUAGCAUUUUAUAUAUUUUUCUCAAAAAAUUAGAUCCGAGUUAAAUUUA